AUGAAAUUCGAAGACAGAGCCGCAAUCUGGCACGUAGCCGCAGGGCUGGCGGUCUGCUCAGGAGCGGUCGCUUUGGGGGCCUUUGACAGCGUCCACGUAGAAGUUGGGUACGAGCAUUACGCCGAGCCCCCCGUGCCAGGCUUGCCCGCUCUGGUAGCCAUGCCUGCCAACUGUUUAGUCAACGUGGGCUACAUUUUUCUGGGCUGGCACUGGCUGUCUUCUCCGGGCGGGCUGCGAGGGCGGGCGCGCUACCUCCAGGAGGUCUUUGCCCUCCUGGCCGUGGCCUAUGGGCCCGUCCAGUGGCUCCGGCUCUGGACACAGUCUCAUUGGGCAGCCGUCUUAGACCAGUGGAUGACCUUGCCGAUUUUCACUUGGGCCGCCGUCUGGUGCCACUUCCUGGAGCGUGGCUGGCAGCCCCGCACCUUCUUCGCCAUGGAAGCCGCUUCACUGGCCAGUUACGGCCUGGCCCUUCUUCACCCCCAAGGGUUUGAGCUGACGUUGGCCGGACAUAUUGCAAUAGCCGUUUGGAAAGUCCUCCGGGCGCAUAAGCGUUGGGGCGACGCCGCAUCCAUGGGCCUCAUGGUGGUGGGAUUCUCCGCUUGCCUGGGUUUUGUGUGCCUCAAGCUAUGGGACCACGAGCUGGCCCAGUGGGCCCCCUUCCGCCGUCUCACCGGCCACUUCUGGUCCAAAAUCUGCGACCUGCUGCAGUUCCAUUGCACUUUCCUCUUCUGCACCCAGUUGAGCAGACUCCAGUCCCCGUGA